UAUUUGCAGGAUUUUCUUCAGACAUCUGGUUCUGCCAUGAUGUUACCUGCUGUUAACUGGAGAGCAAUUCGUCACCUUAUAGAACAGACCGAGAAGAAUGACAAAUGGAAUGUUGUGAGCAUAAAUGGAAUGGAAUUACCUGAUGUAAAGACUCCAUCAUCUAAGAACACCCUAUUCUUGGUGACUUUACCACCGGUCAACAGAAUUAAUGACAAGUCAGCACUGAAAACACUUACUGAAAAUGAUAAAAUAAUUAGAAAUGUAAUCUCAGCUCUGAAUAACAAAGGUAUUUCAUAUUCUGCUAUCUACACUGCCGAGAGACCUUCAGCUACUUACCAAAGGAUGGAUGCAGCAGUUCAGACAGGACGACGGCUGAUGGCUACUACCACAGUCUCAUAUCCUCCCUUAAACGUAACAAAUGGCACAGGCACGUGUAUUAUCUUCUAUGCUACCAAUUUUACCAUCACUGCUAACAAAACAAACAUGAUCGAUCUGACUGCUCUAACCUUUACUGCUGGAAAUGUCAACACCUCAGCAUCUGAAUGCACGAGUACUAAUACAACGUUAUCAUUAAAAUACCAGAAUCCAUUGACGGGAUUUAAUGGAAUAGAAAUUAGGUUUAACAUGCAAAACAACUUCUACACAGGCUCUGCUCGAAACUGGUUUACCUUGGAUACCAUGGAGAUCAUUCAAGAUAACGGACAGACUGCAGUAUUUAAUGUCUCUAUUGUUUCAGCACCUGCAGAGUAUUCGUUUCACUGUCAGGAGGUUGGAACUAGCAGUCGAUAUGGAGCAGUCCUUACUCCUGUGAAUUCUGUGGCACAGCAAUGGAGUGUCUAUAUUUAUGAGUUUCAGAUUCAAGGUUUCAAUGUGAAUGGCGGCCUGUUUUCAUACGCCAGUGACUGUACAUCAUUCUUCACGGCUCCCAUUUGGAUGGCUAUUGUGACAUGCCUUGUGCUUCUCUACAUUGUGACAUAUGGACUCCAUAUGAUCAUGCAACUGACAACCAAUGAGAGGUUUGAUGAUCCUAAAGGGCAAACCUUGUCAGUGCCUCAAACCGAGUAGAGUUACAUUGUUAAUUAUGUCUUGUAGAUUAAUCAGUUGUUACAUUCAGUUGUUACUUAUUGAUUUACUAAGUUAUUAUGCUGCAUUGUUUUCAGUAACUAAGUUUAUUUGGCAUCUAUAAUACUAACUUUAAUUUUAGUAAAUAAUUCAGCAAAAUGAAGAAAAAUAAAUGUGCUUUCUAUAAAGUGCUACGGUAGCAUGUCUUUUGUAUGCCAAAUUAGAUAUGAACAAAUGUCACCACAUGUUAACAUUCUUAACCACUAGCAGUAUAAACAGCAAUAAAAGUUUCAUGUGUGUUAAAUGUCAAAUAAUGCUUAAAUAAAAUCAUUAGCUUUAUUUACAGCAUGACAAAUUAUACUUUUUCAAUGUAAUAUGUUUAGAUUAUAAACUUCUGCUCAUAUUUCAUUUUCUGUUCUAGCUGAUACAAUGAUAGGCUGAUCUAUGUAUUUCCUAUCAUUGAAAUGAGAUUCUUCCUUCAGGAACUUCGGCUGCGAUUUGCUUCAUGAUAUUUUACAAACCUAACCGAGCUGUAACAUGAAGCAGAUGCCUCAUUUAAAUUGCAAUGCAGUAAAAAUAAAAACAAAUGGAUGCACUCAUAAAUAUACACAUGCAAGACAUACAUUCAUUCUUUCUAGACACAUUAUUGCUAGUCUUCUUCUUGUUUCGGCUUUUUCCUGGUUAGGGGUCACCACAGCAGAUCACCUGCCUGCUCAUGAUUGGCAGUGGAGUUUUACGGUGUCAAGUUGCCAGCCCAACG